AUGAGAACCAGCGUCUUUACCACCGCGAUCGUCGGAAUCUGUCUCAGUGCAGCCUCUUCUGCGUUGGACCUUAAGGCAUCACACACCCCAUACAAGAAGCCACCACAAGGCUGCGACUGCUACACUGUCUCAGGUCCUGACCCGGGUUAUUUUCAGCACUACAAGCUCUGGGACUUUCGGUCAGUGGAUUUGAAGAAGCACGCUCACCUGAAUCUAUCUGAGCCCAUCGUAGACGGUGAUGGCGAAUGGGACGAAUGGGACGAUUUCGAAGAAAGCAUCGAUGAAUCCGAGAUCAACCUUCCGCCUGAGACCAGCGACAUAAACCAGCCCGAUCCCACCUCCUUGGUCUUCUUCAAAACAGCAUUUGAACGAGAUUGGAGCAGCCAAGCAUGGAAGCGCAAAGGCACACCCAACGCCCCGGUUCUCAUGAUCAACUCCAAAAACAACAUUUUUCUCACCAGAGACUACGAGCGCGAUGACCCCCAUGCCACAUACCUUGUUCUGCGCACCACCCGCCACGAUGGGUACACAUCUACAGCAGAGAUCGAGACCCGUCUCCGCAACAUCUACCGCUGCUCAUUACGAGUCCGACUGCGCUUUUUGCCUGCCGACUUCGUCAUGGCGCAACCGCCUCAGCCGCGAGAGUGGCCGCCUCUAGCCCCUGAACGCCACGCCAAUACCCGUUUGAAUAACCCAACUGUUGGCGGCGAUUACAGAAUACCAAUUCAUGAGGAUUUGCCGCCGUCCGGUGCCUGUGCUGGAAUUUUCACUUACCAUGACCGCAUAACGGAAUCAGAUAUUGAGAUUCUGACUCGAGAUCCAUCUCAUAUCGUCCACUAUGCCAAUCAGCCUGACUAUGAUUUCGAAACUGAUCGAGAAAUCCCCGGCGCCAGUACCAUUGCUGAGAUUCCUGUGCCGUGGACUACGUGGGCUACUCAUCGGUUGGAUUGGUUUCCUGAUAUCUCGCGAUGGCUCGUCAAUGAUCAAAUCAUAGACGCUAGGACUUACAGGGUGCCCAACUUGCAGAGCAUGAUUGUCCUCAAUCUUUGGAGUGACGGGGGAUUCUGGACGGGUGAUAUGAGGCUUGGGGAUAGUAUUUAUAUGGGCAUUGAGUACAUUGAGCUGAUCUACAAUCGAUCCUCGGAUGUCGCCGACGUUCUCCGCGCGCCUCCACAGAAUCCACUUCAAAACGACAUCAACAUUGACCCUGGCCAAUUAUCUGCAUCUGACCCGGGACAUUUCAUAUGCAAACCGGGCAAAGAGGGUCGUGAAUGUCGGAAACACAAGUUCCUGACUAGGCCUCGGGCGGAAUCUUGCCACAAGUCCUGCAACAUUGAUGAGUUUUGA